CUCUCCCCCUCUCUCUCGCUGAGGGUUUAAGCUCACAUCUAUUUUUGGAUUUCAUAGUGGCCAUCUUUCCUCUCUCGAUAAAGGUCCGUGUUGUUUUGUGUGUUUUCCUUGUUGUGUGUGAGCCGGAGGUUUGUGAGCUGUCAUCACUGCAGCAGCGGGACAUUAGAGAUGGUCGCUUCUCAAUGGAAGAGUCGUUUCCAGUUCCAGGGGUGAAUCCACAUCUGGUGUGCAUCUGUAUUCCCACCGAGGAGCGGAUGAAGAUUUGAGGAGCGGGGCAGCAGCCGGGACACAGACCCGUGAGCCUGCCGCUCUUCAGGGUUCACAUCUCUGCAGGGACCGAUCCGCCUUCACACCCCGGGACCCUGCGGGCUGCGGGCGGUGCGGGAACCAGCGACCUGCGGUGCGGGUGGAGAAGCCUCUCGUCGUUUUCACCGCAUUUGCCCGUGAGCACGAGGGGCAAGGUGCGAUAGAUGGAUUUGAAACGAGGAGCAGAUUGAUCAGAAGGUUCAACUUCCUGUAGAAGGGACAUUUUGAAGAUCUUUGUCUUGACCAAUCAGAGAGCUUCCCCCCCACUGCCCCCCACUCCGCCGUGUCCGCCCGUUAACCCUCGCCAGGCAUCAUGGGCACAGCGUUGUCGCUGUCCCCCAGCUACCGAAAGGCAGCGCUGUUUGAGGACGGCCCGGCCACGGUCGGCCACUACACAGCCGUCCAGAACAGCAAGAACGCGAAGGACGCCGCCGCAGCCGCAAAGUCCCUGAAACGGCCUUCCAUCAUCAGCGUGUUGCCAUGGAAGCGAAUCGUGGCGGUUUCGGCAAAGAGGAAGGGCUCCAAGAAGCUCCAGUCAGAGGGCGGGGACGGUGGGAAAGGAAGCUCUCCGGACGGACACGGCACCGCCAACUCAGCCUCCAACAGCCUGAAGCUGAAGAAGUCUCAGUCCUGCGCCAACCUUUCAUCUUACACAUCCAGCCAGGACCCGUCAGCCACCACCACCACUACCUCCUCACACCUGCCCAUCUCCAAGACCCUGGUUAACGUAGCUGCUGUCGCUGCGAAGAAGAACUCCCUCACAGGCCCUGGGAUCCAGCAGUCCACUGCAGCGGGCACGCCAAAACGUGUCAUUGUCCAGGCCUCCACCAGUGAACUGAUGCGCAGCCUGGGUGAGUUCCUGUGCCGUCGAUGUUACAGACUCAAGCGUCUGUCCCCCACGGACCCGGUGCUGUGGCUGCGCAGCGUGGACCGCUCUCUGCUCCUGCAGGGCUGGCAGGAUCAGGGCUUCAUCACUCCGGCCAACGUGGUCUUCCUCUACAUGCUGUGCCGCGACGUGGUCUCUUCCGAGGUGGCCUCCGAGCGCGAGCUGCAGGCCUCGCUGCUCACCUGCCUCUACCUGUCCUACUCCUACAUGGGCAACGAGAUCUCCUACCCACUGAAGCCCUUCCUGGUGGAGGCGGAGAAGGAGGCCUUCUGGGACCGCUGCCUGGAGAUCAUCAACCGCAUGAGUGGCAAGAUGCUCCAGAUCAACACCGACCCGCACUUCUUUACGCAGGUGUUUGCUGACCUGAAGAACGAGAGCAAGAAAGAGGAGGAGAAGACCAAACUCCUCAUAGGCAUCGACCGAUAAGAAGGAGACGGGAGGGGGGAAGAGAGGAUGGAUAGAAAGAUGGAUGGAGUUGAUAGGUUGAUGUGAAGAAUUGUAGUGAUACCUUGGAGUAGAGCUGUUGUCUGGCGUCUCUACUGGUUUGUUAUUCACCAAGUUUCUUGUUUGUUACUCAGAGCAAAGAGCUUCUGGGAUUAAGGAUAAAUUAUUUCAUUGUGAUAUUGAGCCACAUAAACACUCACAGGCUCUCAGACGGAGGUCGUUGGUUCUGGUCACGUUAUUUGACAUGUUACAUGUUCUGUACAUUUUCACGAACAAUGUAAAAGACAACACGGACAAGGCUGGGACACAUUUGAUCUCAUGCCUGCACUUCAGGCUUCAUGAUAUUUCAUGAACGAGAUGAGAGAAACAAGUAUUUAUCGUCUGUUUGCUGAGAUCAGACAUGAAAUCUGAUUCCUGUUAAAGUCCCGAUUUGGGUUUAGAAACGCCAGACAACACAGAUUUACAGAACCAAGGGUGAACAUUAUUAUAAAUAUAAGGAAUAUUGAUAUUGUGUGAUAGCGUCCAGGCAUUUUUGCUAUAGGGAAAUGUCAGCGUAUUGAAAAAUACAAAUCACGCUGCAUGAGGUCACCUCAUAUCUUCUUGCACAUGACCACCCGCUUAUUGCCAACUCCAUUUUUACCUUGUCCCUUAUUGUCCUGCCCGAGCUUAUUGCACUCACCUACACUGGCUGCGAGACUUUAAGAGCAUUAACUAAUUCACCAUAACCAGCCAGAAUCUACCAGAACAAAACCAGUCUGCAAACUGGUCGGCAGACCGGACUGUGAAAUUCACAUCCUGAUUAGGUGUAAUCGUGCUGAAGCAGAUUAAUUGAUUCGUUUUAGAUCAAGUUUAGAACUUAAAGGGGAACAUGUGGGUUUAUCCAGACACAUCUGCUGUGAAUUAGAAGAUCCCUCGUUUUAUCAGAUUAACGAUCAUUAAACGAGUUCUGCUGAAAGCUGUUUACUUUUACAAAAAUAUAAAGGGAAAAUGCAAUACUGACCCCUCUAGGGAAAACGAGGACUUACUUCAUUCCUUCUUUUCCCCUGCACUUUGUCCUGCAUUGGUGCUGUCCUGAAGGAAGACAGAAAUAAGGUGCUUCACACUGUAUGAAUGAUCGGCGGAGCUGAGUCAUGGAGGACAUGGAUCAUGCGAUCUGUCUGAACCAACAGCCACAAACCUCAGAAUGAAAGAUUCCAGAUGUGCGAGGUCGGGGGCAGAUGUGACCUUUCUUCCAAAGCAUCGCUUCAGUGUCGCCGCUCAGCUCGAGGGACCCCUGUUCUCUCUCCUCCCCCCCUCGCCACUCAUUUCUCCCCACUUCGACCUGGACGAACCGGUCAGUCUGGUCUGGUGCCGUCCAGCCCGGCUGUCCCAUGUAUACAGACUCUGUGGUCCCCUGACCCGACGGCUUAAUAUUCAGUUGUUUGAUAUGCAUGUGUGCUUCUAUAGGUUUCCUAGCAUGCUGCUUUGUGUUGGGCACACUGCACCACACGUUACAGAAGAGACUGAGCAUUCACCGUGCUGAACCGCUGCGAGUCAGACUCCGUGAUGUGACAUCCACUCAGCUGAUGGACGGAUGGUUGAAUCCACAGAUUGCACAUGAAGGCAAAUCCAAACAUUGGUCCUUUAUCAAACCUGUCCUCUUGAUUCCAGGGUCUAAAAGAUCCUUCAGGACUAAAUUGUUUUCAAAAAAUACAAAACAGGUUUUCCAGCGAAACGUCCCCUUAACAGAUGAUUUUUAAAUUAGGACACAGCUGCUCCAGAUGUUUCCUGAGAGGAGAUCCUCUGCUUUGAUGAUGUCACAUCACCAAGUCUGCCAUGUUAGAAAAGCUCUGCCUUCUCACGCGGGGCAGAGAUCUUGUGCCAUAUCGUUCUAAAGACUCGUUAUUUCAUACAAAAAAACAAAACAAAGGAAAUACAAAGAUACAUGAGCCAACUCAAAGUCUGUGACGGCUGAAGAAGAGAGACUCUCCUGGAGAAACCUUUUCACAGUGUUGUUGUAUCAGGUAUCAGAUCUGUGGACCAGAAGAGAGACUUUGUUCAGAGUGAUGUUAAUGCGCAGGGAAAGUUUAUGUGCCACAAAAUGUAACUUGUAAGAGUCG